AAUCGUAGUGACAUGUCUGGGAUUGGAUUUUUUGCCCAUCUCACCGUAUGGAUGAGUUUGACCCGGAAGUGAACUCUGACGUCAUGACCUCCAUUUCCUUGGUUCGCCGGAUUGCACAUGGCGGCGGUUUGACAUUGUAGUCAUCGACUGCUUCAGCUUUACGGCUCCAGUUCUCUCCGUUUGUCGCGCGUUCGCCCUCCGUACCUGCUUCAUCGUUAACGAUAAUAUACAGGGACAGCCAUGGGAAAUGUUUUAGCAGCGGGUCCGGGCCCGACGGCGGGCCAGGGGGUUCCAAACCUCGGUGCCUUCCCCCCUCCUCCUCCCCCCACAUCUGCACAAGGUGCCGCUGCUGGGUCACCGGCGCCGGGACAGCCCGAACAGAAAACAGACGACAAAACAACCAACCCGGGAACAUUCGAUGAGCUGCACAAGAAAUGCAAAGAAGUCUUCCCCAACCCUAUGGAAGGUUGUAAGCUGGUUGUGAACAAGGGCAUCAGUAACCACUUCCAAGUCAACCACACUAUCUCCCUGUGUGCGUUUGGGCCAUCCUCCUACCAUUUUGGUGCCACAUAUGUCGGUACCAAACAGAUCAGUCCAUCAGAGGCAUACCCUGUCCUUCUGGGAGAUAUAGACACCUCUGGUAGUUUGAAUGCCCAAAUGAUACAUCAGAUCACAAAUAGAAUUCGUACAAAAGCUGUGGUCCAGACACAACAGUCCAAGUGGGCCAUGGUCCAGCUGGACGCAGACUACAGAGGAGACGACUACACGGCAAGUGUAACGUUGGGAAACCCCGACUUUGUGAACGAGAGCGGGAUCGUAGUGGCGCACUACUUACAGCGGAUAACCAAGAGGUUAGCGCUGGGAGCUGAGCUGCUGUAUCACCACACCCAGGGCCAGGAGGCAGCCAUUGUCACUGUAGCAGGCAGAUACACAGGUGAUAACUGGAUAGCCACAGGUAACCUGGGUGGAGCUGGGUGCCAUGCAAGCUACUAUCAUCAAGGUAACGAGUAUGUACAAGUUGGUGUGGAGUUUGAGGCAAACCUCAGGGCACAGGAGAGUGCAGUCAGUCUGGGGUACCAGCUGGAUGUACCAAAGGCAAAUAUGGUUUUCAGAGGAAUGUUGGACAGUAACUGGACAGUAGCAGCCGUCCUGGAGAAAAAGCUCCAACCUCUCCCCUUCACCUUUAUGCUUAGCGGCAUGCUCAACCACACAAAGAACCAGGCUCGCUUUGGAUUUGGGUUACUCAUAGGCUAGUCAGGGGGUGGGGGUCGUCAUUUCAUUACCCUGUAAAUUGUGUCAUACAUGUAGGCUUUAGGUCUCAACUAGCUCCCCUUACAACCUUCAUGUUUUAGGGACUCCUAGAUGCAGAUGCAGAUAUAAAUCAAUAUUUAGACAGAAAGUUUCAAGGUACCUGAAUAAUUUCAGGUUAGGAUAGGGGAAAAUUCAGGUCUAUUUGUGAUCUGGAUGAGGGGGAAUCCAUUUCCUACAAUUUGAUACCCUGUGUUUGGACUUGGCAUUAUCAUGUCACCAAAUUUUACAUACUCUGCUUGGUGAACAUCUCCCCCUGUCUGCUCACAUUAGUACUGCACAACAUUACACAUUCAUGCUUGUCCACUGACAUAAUGUCAAGUACGUGGACUUGAAGGACGGGACAUUUAUGUGUGCAGUUGUCAUGUUGUCUUUGUCCAAAACUGUAUCCUUGGGAGAUACAAUAUUCCCAUUUACACCUGUUUAAUAAAAUUAUGAACUUGACCACACUUUUCCCACAUAUCUAAACAGGUCUUGAGAAAAGCACCCUCUGGUGGGUUAUUGCUGAACUACAAAAAUAUUACUCAUUUGAUGUUCUGAAGAAUCAUUUGAACUGGAUCCACAUGUUUCCCAUGUGUAGUUAUCUGUCCUCUGGUAAAGGCAAACUGAAAACCAGGAAAAUUAUAAGAUAUUUGUCAUUACGAGUUGUCAUACAAUGAGUUAUCAUACAAUUAGCAACUGAAAGGACGGACAUGGGUAAAAUCAUAAGACUUCUGUGCAGGGAUAAGAAUAGAAGCCUCUUUUCCAAAUAAGCUGCUUUCUGCCACAAUGCAGGUGAUAACUGGCAAAAUGUCAGUCACCAUGCUUGGGUUACCUCUGCUUAGUGCAUGUAAUAGUUCUUCAUGUAUUACAAUGAUAUUAUUCCACAUACUACCUAUUUUCUACUUCAGAUGUUACAAUAUUGAUAUUGCUACUACAGGACAAUUAAGAUUAUGAAGAUUUCUCCUGAAGUACUCUAAGAGAUCUGUGUACAAAAUGAACCUGUAUCAUCUAAAUACUUUUUAUAGAUGCAAAUGGAGAUUUGUUUGAUGGCCGUGAGUCAUUCCAAUAAAGCAUCAGGUUCUUGA